CCACCCCCUCCACACCACCACCAUGUCCCUCUCCUUGGGCACGGUGCUCUCCAGCCUCGAGAAGGAGCAGGAGCCUCGAGGGGGACCCGAGGGAGAGGACCCCGCGAGGCCCAAGGAGGUCCUCGACCCUCGUCCCUCCUCCUUGACCGGGUCGUCUACGCUCGCCCUCGUGGAUGAGGCGGACGCAGGAGACGCCCCGAGGAAUGGUGGGGCGCCAGGCACACCCUCGGCUUCCUGGGCUUCCUGGGCUUCACGUCCGUCUACGCCAUGCGAGUGAACCUUUCCGUCGCCAUUGUCGCCAUGGUCAAGGCGGAGGUCGGUUAUGGCAACGACACGGGCAACAACAACAACAACAGCGACGAGGUGUGUCCGUUGCCUGAUGGCUACGACCCGGCUACCGGCGCCAAUUGUGGACGGCGAGUUCGAGUGGGACGCCCCAACACAAGGGCUGAUCCUCGGCUGCUUCUUCUACGGCUACCUCCUGACGAACAUCGCGGGCGGGCGGGCGGCCGAGUACCUGGGCGGCAAGAUCGUCUACGGCCUCGGGGGCGUGGUCACGGCCCUCCUGACGGUCGCCUCCCCCUUCUGCGCCAGGGUGUCCACGGGGCUCUUCGUCGCCGUCAGGAUCCUCGAGGGAAUGGCGGAGGGCGUGACCUUCCCGGCGAUGAAUUCCCUUCUGCCCUUCUGGGUCCCGCCUCACGAGAGGGCAAAGUUCACCGCCUUUGUUUAUUCAGGAGCGCAGUUCGGCACCGUGGUGACCAUGCCCCUGAGUGGUUGGCUGUGCGACAUUGGCUUUCUCGGCGGUUGGCCCUCUGUGUUCUACGUGUUCGGCGUGCUUGGUGUCCUGUGGGGCAUCGCGUGGUUCCUGCUGGUGAGUGACCGCCCGUCCAACCACCCGAGGAUCUCCCUGGCCGAGAAAAACUACAUCACGAAGCACUGCGGCGUCAGAGGCAGCAAGCCGACGCCUGUCCCCUGGAGAGCUGUCCUGACGUCCCUCCCCAUGUGGGCGAUCGCUGCUAUGCACUUCGGCCAGAACUGGGGCUUUUAUACCUUGCUGACUGAGUUGCCAACUUAUCUUAAAAACAUCCAACAUUUCGACAUGAAAAGUAACGGAAUAAUAUCCGCACUUCCUUAUUUGGUAAUGUGGAUCUUCAGCAUAAUUUUUAGCACUAUUAUGGACAAGCUUCUCGCUGCUGGGAAGGUGGCCACUCUCACUGUGAGGAGAACGGCGAUGAUCAUAGGCAUCUACUGUCCGACGGUUGGUCUGGUGGCCAUGUGCUUCGUGAACUGUGACGCCGUGCUGGCCGUCGUCGUGCUGUGCGUGUCCGUGGGGCUCAACGGCGCCGUGUAUGCAGGGUACAUGUGCUCCCACCAAGAUCUGGCGCCCAAUUUCGCCGGUUUUCUCAUGGGGCUCACGAAUACGGUGGCCACUAUACCGGGGUUCGCUGCGCCUCAGCUGACGGGCGCCAUUACCAAAGAUCAAACUCUGGAGAGUGGAGGACAGUGUUCCUCAUCUCAUCAGCUGUCUACUUCGUCACCUGCACGAUCUACCUGUUCCUCAUCACGACGGAGACACAACCGUGGAAUGAGAUACGGGGGAGGGCGAGGAGGAGGUUGACGGUCAAGAGAAGAAAAGAUACUGAAGGUGCAAGUAACAGAGAGAUGGCAACAGUGCAACGGAUGUAAAAUUACUCUCUCUCUUUCUUUCUUUCUCUCUCUUUCUUUC